AUGAAGAAAUUCAUUGUCUUAAAUUUCCUGUAUUUUCUCGGUGUUUUGACUUUUGCAUCUGCAGAUUCCGUUUACGACAACUUUGUUCAGUGCUUCGCCGGAGCUAAAAUCUCCGACGCCCAAAAUUCGAGUAUAGUCUACAGCCCAAACAAUGCCUCAUUCGCGAAGGUUCUCGAAUCCUAUAUCAGAAACCGCCGCUUCAACAUCUCCACCACCCCCAAACCCAGCAUUAUCGUCACCCCCACGACGGCGUCCCACGUCAGCGCCGCCGUCCUCUGCGCCAAGAAACUCGGCGUCCAGCUCAAAAUCCGCAGCGGCGGCCACAACUACGAGGGCAUCUCCUACGUCUCCGCCGCCACUUUUGGCGAUUCUUCUAGGCUCCUCCCAAUCACAAAUUCCCAAUUCCCAAUUUUAGGGCUCAAAAAAUCAGAUUGCCAAGAAAUGCCCUGGAUCAACUCCGUUCUAUUCUGGGGCAAUUUCGACAACAAAACUUCACCCAAAGCCUUGCUCACCAGAACCCCAGAUUCCGUCAACUUCCUAAAACGGAAAUCCGAUUACGUCAAAACCCCGAUUUCCAAAUCCGGGCUGGAAUCCCUGUUCGCUAAAAUGGCUCGUCGAGCAUGGCGAAGACGAAGUGAGGUUGAGUGGUGGAACGACGGUGGUGGUCGGUGA